AUCAGCCUGUGAGUCUGCUGAGGUGUUCAGGAAGCCCAUGUUGCUUCAAUAGCGGCCUUCAUCUCGUCUGCAUUGUUGCCUCUCAUCUUCCUCUUGACAUAGAUUCUUUAUGGGGUUUAGGUCAGACAAGUUAGCUUGCAAGUGAAGCACAGAUUAAAGGUUUUAAAGCAGCUUUCGGUACCUUUGGCAGUGUGGGCAGGUGCCAAGUCCUGCUGGAAAAUUAAUUCGGCAUGUCCAGGUUGUCAGCAGAGGGAAGCAUGAAGUUUCCUAAACGUUUCUGGUAAACGGCUGCGGUGACUUUGCACUUGGUAAAACACACUGGACCGACAGCAGAAAAUGUAAUGGCUCUCCAAAUCAUCCCUAACAGAGAAAACUUCACACUGGAAUACAAUAUACAGUACUUGGGGUCAGUGUCUCUCCGCCGUUCCCCCAGAUGCUGGGAGCUCGAUUUUCCAGAUGAAAUGCAAACUUGACGUUCAACUAAGAGGAAGACUUUGGACCACUGAGCAACAAUCCAGUCAUUUUUCUGAUUGGCCCAGAUAAAGUGCUUCUGACUUUGUCCGUGGUUCAGGAUGGAUUUAAAAUAAGGAAUGUAUCCAUGUCCCAGAUACGUCUGUUGUGGAUCUUGAAGCAACUACUCCAGUUAGGCACCUUUUUUCUACCUCAUCUUGCGUACCUUUCAACUUUCCAUUACAAGACUUGACUACAACUCUGUCAACUGCCAGCUUCUGCAUUAGUUGCUUUUUGCACUUUAUCCACCAUGUGGAGGACGUCAGUGACUGCUGGAUAACCAUCAAGUCAUCAGUCUCCCAAAUGAUUGUGCAGGCCAUAACAUUUCUGUUAUAAAGAGUACCAUGGGUCACCACCGCAGCAGUAUUACCUCCCUUGUGUUUCCUGUUGUUAUGGGAUGCCUUGCUGCUUUGAUGCUCAGCAGUGCCUUGAUAUACUUGUACCUGGAAGCUGUGCAUCAGUCGGAUGAGCAGCUGGUGAACACUCACGCGGGUUGUCUCUUUCAACACUUUAAACUGCCAGCCAUGAAAAACUGCAGCUCCUGGCUCCAGUGUUCACAGAUAAAAGCAGAAGUACGUAAGAUAAAGCUGAUAGGCCAGGGAGCCGUGAAGAAGGUUUAUCUGGCAGAGUGGAGAGGUCAUAAGGUGGCUCUGUCUGAACUAGCCUCUCUGGAAUACAGAGAAGAUUUUCUUCAUGGACUGUCGAUGUUACAGGCCCUGCAGGGUUCAUUGGUGGUUCAGUUGGUGGGGUUUUGCCUUGAAGAAGACACUGUAGUUUCCCAGCACCAUCCACAUGGCUCAUUGCUGAACCUAAAAGGUGUUCUCGCACAGCAGAAGUACCAGCAUCUAAACACUUGGCACAUACGGCUGAGACUGGCCACAGACUAUAUCUCCAUCCUCCAUUACCUCCACAACAGCCCCGCUGGGCGACGAGUGAUGUGCGACUCCAACAGCUUAGAGAAAACCCUUUCCCAGUUCCUGCUGACAAAUGACUUCCACCUUGUGGUGAAUGACCUGGAUGCGCUGCCUGAAGUAAAUCCGUCUAGGGGCGCGUUGGUGAAAUGCGGCAGUCGAGAGCUUACUGGACAGUUUGUGGCCCCAGAGCAGCUUUGGCCUUUCAGAGGCAGUGGACAGCCAUUUUCAGAUGAUCUCAUGCCACCAUAUGAUGAAAAAACAGAUAUAUGGAAGAUUCCUGAUAUUACACAGUUCAUAAUGGGAAGUACUCAAGGAGGAGAUUUAGUUCAGUUUCAUCUUUUUCAGAUCCACAAGGAAUGCAAGAAUUUGGACCCUAAGCUCCGGCCUUCUGCUCUCAAUGUUUUGAAGGCAUACACAUCAGUGUACGGUGCUAUAGUACGAGAAAACUCUGGCUACAGAGAUAUGCUGUAGCAUAACUCUAUGAGCAAAACAUUGUUGAAUAGACAGAAAAGACAUUUGAUAAUUAUAAAGGAUUUGUGAAAUAUGUCUGAAAGGUUUUUGGGAUUGUUUAAAUGGGCUAACCAAGCCUUACUUUCAAUUUGUGUUUCUAGCCUGAGACAAGGACUCUUCAACCUGAUGUAGUGAUGAAGAUAUCCAUGGAUGUGCAGUGUUUGGAGGAAAGACUGUUCCAAAUAAACUGUCAUGAAAAUACACAAAUCGGGGGAUUGGGAAAUUUGGAUUUGCUACUUAAUGUAAUGUUUAUAUGUUUACUGAAAUAAACCUAACUAAAAAUA